GAGAAAUGCUCGAGCAGGCUUUCUCUCGUUUAAGGACACAGUUUGGUGGGCUUCGCUCGGACAGACAUAAGUUAAGAGUCGCAUGGUGCUUUUGUCGGCUUUCUUCUCAUCUGUUCGUGUUCGUCGAGAUUUUUGAAAUCACGGUCUUCAGUACUAGGGCAACGAUCUCUUUUAGAGAACCCUUUGGCUAAAAGAAUAAGAAAUUUUUUGGUCAUCUUCCAGAACCACAAGGAGCCAAGCACCAGAAACAAUGGCUCCGCUCGGCACUCCGUCUUCCUCCUCGUCACGUGAGGGCGCGUUUGAAAAGAACGCAUCUCAUCUCUCCGUCGAAGCUUUAGGUGACGCUGCCCUGCACUGGGUGUUCCGCGGCUUGAACACGAUCGCGGACAAUCUCAUCGCGGUGCCGCAAGAGAAUGAACAUGAUGUCGCAGGAGCUACGUCCAUGACGUCGGCGCAUGAACAUGAUGAUCAUCAACUCCAGCAGCACUUCUAUGACAACAACCCCCUCCGGUUUUUGAAGGCCAAGGGCGGCGGACCGGCGCUGACGCCCGCGGCACGGAUCCUAGUGGCGGCGUUUGGCAUCGUCUUCGGCCUCGGGUUCUGCUUCAUCAUGCGCAAUCGGAUGUACCAGCUCACCUCGGAUUACUUCGGUAUGGUUGUAGUUGAUUAUAGUCUUCAUGUUGUACUACAGCAGCGAAGUAUGAACGUAUGAGGAACUACAAGUAGUACAUCAUGACGUGAUGAUGUGCAUCAAAAACAACCAAACGCAAACAGAACCGGCGCUGGAUGUUAAAACGAUUCGCCGGAACAAAAUGGGCAUGGACACCUCCGUUCCGGGAAAUGCGCGUGUGAAACCGUUGGACAACGACGAGGAUAUCGUGGAGCAAGUGAAAGCCGGUCCCUACGACGGCCGGGGCCUGUACGCGCCCGAAACCCUGCGGGCGUACGCCAUGGCAAAGAAGAACGCCCCCCCGCCCUCGCCACCGAAGGUGCGGAAAAAUUUUGUGCGGUGAAGAGGCAGAUGGUAGAGAUCAUGCGCGAAAAAGUGUAGAAGUUCCCCACUGAGUUGCGAGGUCCGGAUGAAAAGUAAAAGUAUGCGAAGGUGGCACAGAUGAUGUGCAGAAGGUAGAGGCAGCUGCGCCGUCAUGACUUGAGAAGACAGCCGUAACAAGAAGUGCUUCAUUCUGUUUCAAGUUUCAAGAAUAAAUUAAUUUAUUGUCUCGCACUUGUAAUUGCAUGCUGUAGCAUAGCAGGCUGUCCUCGUUUCUUUGUUUAAAAGUUGUUGAGUAAAGAAAUAACACCAAAAACCGAAACCCUAUUGCUCGUCUUGUCGUGUGUUAUAUUCUUCGCGCAAAUGUGAAUGAGAAUGUCGAUGAAGUUUUCGUUUGUUGACGAGGAUUUGGAACGGCUACCACCGGUUUGCCAUCGUGUUCCGCUUGCAGAGC